GAUCUCUUCCUGAAAGACGGUUUUCUCACGUCCAUUUCCUAACCGUUUCCCUCCACCCUUCCCAUUCAAAAAGAACUCCUUCAAAACCACUAUCUCUUCUCAUCCCAAUCAUCACUGAAAACCAAACCCUUUUGAGAGAGAGAGAGAGAGAGAGGGAGGGAGGAAAUGAAGCACAGGACAUUGAUUACCAUAAAUCUCUGGUUUCUCCUCCGUAUUCUACUUUCAAAUCUCACAUUUGCCUCCGAAUCGGCAUCGUCUAACGAUACAAUACACCCGCCUGGCUUUGCCACCAGUUGGUUAGAUGGUCAGAAUGUAUUGAGGGCUGGUGAUACAGCAACUAUCAAAAUAAAAGUGAUGGACAGUAACAACAGUGACUUAUACCCCCAUCCUGAGAAAUAUAUGGUUCGGUUUACACUUUCUGUGAAUGGAAGAAAGGGAAAUAGUUCAUAUGUAUCCGGCGUAUCAGCAUCUCCCGAGGCGGACCCCACUAACUGGAAUAUUACGUUCAUCCCAAUUAUAGUAGGGAACUUUACUGUAAUCAUUGAUGAUUAUCGUUCUGGGACCCGUGACAGAACACUUCAUUUCAAUGUUACCGCAGGAAAAAUACAUGAAUCCGUUUCCAUUGCUUCGUGGAUGAAUCUUGUGAACGAGUUCGUGGCGGGAACAAAAGCUAAUGUUAUAAUACUUCCUAAAGAUGCAUUUGGGAAUGAUGUGUCUUUGACAAGUGAAGAGUCAGAUUCAUGUAAAUUUAUGGCAUCUAUAUCUUAUGAAAAUGGUUCGGCUGUAAGUUUGGAUAUCACAUUUAAAAGUUGGAACGAAGUUGGAUAUAUUGGUUUUGAGUUCUUGGCUACCAUAUCUGGAAGUUUCUUGUUACACGUAGAGGGUAGAAAUCAGUCCUUGAACGGCUCCCCUCUACUGUUCAAGGUGAGACCAGGACCUCUAAGCAUCACCAAUUGUGUGGCCAAAUGGAGUUAUGAAACAAACGCCUUGCAAAUAUUUUCUAAGCUGGAAAUCUUUAUACACCAGCAAGAUUGGUUUGGAAAUCUUGUCCCGAUUUUGUUCCCAUUUGAUGCUCGAGUGGUUGAGAAGGCGAUGAAUUUGUCCAUCCCUGUAUCAGAUAUUUACUUUGAAGAAGCGUCACAAGGAAUUCAAUUGCUUUCUUUCACUGUAUCUGAACCAGGAAAUUUCACACUUACCAUUUUUGAUGAUGUGGGAGGUGAAAGCAUCUCCAAUAUGCCAUAUGAAUACACUGUCUUUGUAGGUUAUUGUGAUGGGUUUAACAGUGUUGUAAAUGGAUCCGGUUUAGCCAGUUCUGUUGCCGGUAAGAUGUCGUCAUUCUCGGUUUAUUUGGAAGAUAAGUACCAUUAUCCUUCUCCAGUUGAUGCAGAAAGACUUCGUGUACAAAUCAUAAGGAAAAUUGAUUCAUAUAAUGUGCAGCCAACCAUACACCCUAUGGUUGUAGAUGGGUACGGGCAGGGUGGACAAAAUAACUAUGGUGCUGGAGGCCAUGUUGGAAGUGCUCCUGCAUUAUCUGUUGAUCUAAAUAACACUGCUAGUUCUUUUGAUGUCAUUUAUACACUCGAGAAGUCCGGAAUCUAUGAAAUUUGGGUUUUUUGUGGAAAUAUUCCAUUAAAUGGUGGUCUUCCUUAUGCACUUGAGGCAUUUCCAGGCAUGGUCGAUGCAUCGCAAUCAAGCAUAGUGAAAUUUGUUCCGAGAGUAGCGAAACAUGUCAUAAAUGAAUUAGUAGUGCAACUCAUGGAUUCAUUUUCUAACCCUGUCACGUCUCAACAGAAAAAGUUGAGCUUUGAGAUUGAUCCCAUCCGUAACUCUAGUUUCUUGAGAUGGGACUUUAUUGAUAAUAAGGAUGGAUCAUAUUUUGGUUACUAUCUACCAACCAUUCUGGGCACUUACAAAAUAUCCAUUUUGUUUGAGGACAAGCAUCUGUCUCCUUCUCCCUUUGAGAUCAGCGUGCAUGAAAGAGAGUAUUUCCCUAAAGCCUACAAUUAUACUAUUUCUGUUUGGGAGAAUGAAUCAAUUGCUUUUCAUGCCCUCGAAAAUUACUAUUCUGCAUACGGCAUUAUGGAUAGUGCUGAAAUCUUGAUGCCGCGUUUUGGGUCACUUCUCCAGUAUGGACAGAUAUUCAGAUACACACCUUACAAAGGAUUUUUUGGAAAUGAUUCUUUCUCUUACACAAUUUCUGAUAAAAAUAAGAAUGUUGAUACCGGCACCGUUACUAUCUCUGUACUCAGUUCCCCACCGCAAUUUCUUUCUUUACCAAAUCUAUUGCAAGUAACUGAAGAUGUGAUAGGUCCCAGUUCCGGUGGCUUCUGCGGAUUCAAGAUAAAAUAUUCAGAUCAGAUGGACAACAUCUCCAUUACUCUCAGUGCACUAUCUGGCACUAUAUUUCUUGCUCCGAUGCCAAUGCAGUGUUUAGAGUUAUUGGGAGGGGGACGUUCCGUGAACAAAGAAGUGAAGGACUUGAUCUUAGUAGGCCGUGUUGAAGUAAUUAAUUCCGCACUGCAAUUCAUUCAAUAUCUUGGAGAUGAGAACUUCUAUGGAAGCGAUUUCAUCAAUAUCUCUACCAUGAACAAAAAUGGAAUACAGGACACCCAUGUCCCGAUUUUUGUGGAACCUAUCAAUGACCCUCCAUUUAUUUGUGUCCCGGAAUAUAUACUCUUGGAGUGGAAGGGAACCAUGGACUAUCUGCAGAUCUUUGACAUACAAAAAGAUAAGUUUGAGUUCUCUAUUGGGGAUCCAGAUUUUAUCAACUUCACGGGUAAUAAAUCACACUUUGUGGUUGUUCUCUCUAUGGAAGUCAGUGCUGGGACUCUAAAAACCACUCUACCCAUUGAUCUUAUCAAUGCAACAGAGCUGAAACUAGAGAAUAGCAAUCAGUGGCUGCCCCUUCCAAAUUUUGUUAAAAUGUCAAACCAUUUUGUGAUCAAAGGAAAAGGAGUUAGACUCCGAGGGUCAAUCAAGGACUGCAAUGAUGCAAUGCGCCAGCUGUUAUAUAGAGAGUUUAUUUUGCAGGGUGAAGAACACGGCGCUGUUCUAUCUGUGAGUGUCAAUGAUAUGGGAAAUUACGGAUGCUAUCCAGAUUGUACACAAAAGACAUCAUCGCCCCUUUUUGCUGAAGCUACUGUAAAUCUGAUCAAAAGGAGGCCAAUGAAUUCGCUGCUAGCUCAUACACUUGGAUCAGCAAUAAUCACAGAGUUUGUUACAAUGCUUUUCUUGGGAACGUUACUACUAUUCUUUAUCUGUAAAUGUGCAAUUGCUUUGGCCAAUGAAAGGAGAAGGCUUGAGUUCGGAGACAGCAAACAUUCCAAAUUAGAUGAUUUUAACAAACCAACGUUUAGUGCAUCUGCAUCUGAGAAUAUGACGUACUUCACUGGAUGUUCCACUUCCUUCUUGCUCAGGAGGCAAUGUUCCAACUUCCGCCAACGGUCGAACAGACUACCAAGCCACGAAGAAUCUAUCAAUGACAGAUAUUGUUCUACACGAAUUUUGAGCGAUGAUCAUUGUCAGCUGAGCCCUCCCACCGGUUUUGUCCCUCUUGCUAUUGAAAGAGGGGACAAAGGCAAACAGCCUGUGUCCAUGUGAAAAUUCAAAGGGUGAUUUAUGUAUUGAAGUUGUUGCAAAAAUGUAAGACUGAAAACCUAGACAUUUAUCUGAACUUGGAUUAUUGUAUAAGGAAUUAAAAUAAACUAAAAGAAAAAAGAAAGAAAAAAACAUACUUUCAUGGAUGGAUCGAUUUAAA